AUGGUAUGGGGUGGCGUUAGUUCUGAUGCAUGUACAGAAUUGAUCAUCGUCAAUAAAGCUCUAACUGCAACACGAUACGUCGAGGAUAUCCUUCAAGAACAUGUUUUACCCUUUGGAGGGUUAAUUGGAUAUGAACAAUUCAUUUUAAUGCAUGAUAAUGCACAUCCACACGUCGCUCAAAUCGUAAAUGAGUACCUUCAAGAGGUUGGUAUUCAAAAAUUGCAGUGGCCAGCUCGCAGCCCCGACUUAAAUCCAAUAGAGCAUAUUUGGGAUAAGCUAAAAAAGACAAUUAAAACAGCAUCGAACCCACCACAAACUCUUAACCAGCUUCAAGAUGCUGCAUUGAUUGCCUGGCGCGACUUGUCGCAACAAAACAUCAAAAAUGUCAUCCAAAGCAUGCCAGACCGAAUGCAGGCGUUGAAACAAUCCUUGCAGCAGGAACAAUCCUUUAAAUCACAUUUGCAUGAUUGUGUAAGCAUACACUUUGAAACGACACUUGCACAAAUAGCUUCAUUGCAGGGGAAACUGACGUUAAUAUUUAGUAUACUAGCGUAUGUGACGCUUGUCACUGCGUAUAAGAAUCCCUAUUAUGCGCCAGGAAGGUCAGUAAAUGUGCACCUUUUCGAAUGGAAAUGGGAUGAUAUUGCUUUAGAAUGCGAAAGGUUUCUAGGACCUCGGGGAUUCGGAGGAAUUCAAAUAUCCCCACCUAAUGAGAACGUGAUAAUAAGAGCAAAUAAUAGGCCAUGGUGGGAACGGUAUCAGCCCAUCUCCUAUAAACUUGUUACCCGAUCUGGAAAUGAGAGACAAUUUGCAGACAUGGUACGGCGAUGCAACGCUGCAGGAGUGAGGAUCUACGUGGACGCUGUCAUUAACCACAUGACAGGCGAACCUCCGGAGAAUGUGGGUACUGGAGGUAGCACGGCGGCGUUCAGAGAUUGGCACUACCCUGCCGUUCCUUACAAUAGAGAGCAUUUCAACUGGCCGCAUUGUGGCAUCGACGGGUCUGAUUAUCAACAUAAUGCGUGGCGGGUACGAAACUGUGAGCUAGUUGGUUUGAAGGAUUUGGACCAAAGUAAUGAGCAUGUCAGACAAAUGAUCGUUAACUUUAUGAAUAAUCUUAUCGAUCUUGGUGUGGCUGGUUUUAGAAUCGAUGCUGCUAAACACAUGUGGCCAAGAGACUUAAGAGUAAUCUACGACAGACUCCAUAACUUGAAUCCUUCUCACGGAUUUCCACAAAACGCCCGUCCAUACAUUUACCAAGAAGUUAUCGACUAUGGUGGUGAAGCGGUCAGCAGAGACGAAUACACACCACUUGGGGCUGUGACAGAGUUUAAAGUUGGGUUAGAACUUAGCAACGCCUUUCGAGGAAAUAAUGCUUUAAGGUGGCUGUCUAGUUGGGGACCCGAUUGGGGCCUGCUAAGAUCUGGAGAUUCCCUAACGUUUGUUGAUAACCAUGAUAAUGAAAGGGGUCAUGGAGGAGGUGGUGGAAUUUUGACUUACAAAGAGCCUAGACCGUAUAAGGGAGCUAUAGCUUUUCUACUUGCACAUCCAUAUGGUGAACCUCAAAUCAUGAGUAGUUUCAGUUUCUGGGAUUCCGAAGUAGGACCGCCUAUGGACAGUAAUCAAAAUAUUAUAUCACCCUCCAUUAAUUCCGACGGUACAUGUGGUAACGGUUGGGUAUGCCAACACAGGUGGAGACAAAUAUAUGGAAUGGUCGCCUUCCGCAACGUGGCCGGUAACACGGGAGUUAAUAACUGGUGGGACAACGGUAACAACCAGAUCGCCUUCUGCCGAGGAAAUAACGCAUUUAUUGCAUUUAACGGAGAUAAUUGGGAUCUGAACCAGACUUUACAGACCUGCCUGCCAGCUGGUAGAUACUGUGACGUCAUAUCAGGCGAGAAAGUAAACAACUCCUGUCGCGGGAAAACCGUCACAGUUGGGAAUGACGGUCGAGCUCAUAUAUUGGUCGGCGCUAUAGAUUAUGACAUGAUGCUCGCGAUACACAUAGGAACUGAGAGCCGUUUGUAAAAUAUAAUAAAAAAGUGCAUCAAGAUACCUCAAGCAAUUCCGAAAGACUUUACUAAAAUAUUAUAGUCCUAACUACUAUGAUAAUGUUUUGUGAUAUUUACGAAGUUACUGUAAUAAAUUUUUG